GGUUAUCAAGGAUGACCAUUAUGGCUGCAGCCUUGAAGGUCGAUGAUAAUGAGUGUCUGUCUUCACCUUGUCAAAAUGGAGGUCAAUGCCUUGACAAGGUCAACAGCUACGAGUGCCUUUGUCCGAAUGGAUUCACAGGCUUCAGGUGUGAACAAGAUGUUGAUGAGUGUCUGAGCAGUCCGUGUCUGAAUAACGCCACCUGUGGAAAUGGAGCAGGCCGUUUCAAUUGCACAUGUAUCCCAGGAUUCUCAGGUGUAACGUGCAAGACUAAUAUUGACGAAUGUGCGUCUAAUCCGUGUUGGAACAACGGCCAGUGCCAAGACAAGAUAAAUGGCUACAACUGUGAUUGUCAGCUGGGAUUCAACGGUGUCCAUUGCGAAACAAACAUCAACGACUGCGAACCGUACCCUUGUCUCAACGGCGGCUACUGCCGGGAUCAAGUCAACGACUAUGUCUGUGAUUGUGUCCCUCCUUACAAGGGCAAGAACUGUUCCGCGGAGCCUUGUGGGCCGCCGAACCCUUGUCAAAAUGGCGGGAAUUGUACGGAGGAUUUGAUGUUACAGCGCGGGUUCACUUGCGCUUGUGAACCGGGAUGGGAAGGGAGCACCUGUUCCCGGCCGUUCCGUUACUGUGGCAGCUCGCAGGCUGAAUCGCCAUGCUACCCAAACGGUUUCUGUCUCGAGCAACCAAAGGACUACAGGUGCCUCUGCUCCCCAGGCUGGGCGGGCAAGACCUGCUCGAACGCCGUCAACGACUGCGAGGAAAACAACUGUACAAAUGGCGCCACCUGUGUGGAUUUGCAUUUGUCGUAUCGAUGUCAAUGUCCGCCGGGAUGGGACGGAACGUUUUGUGAAAGGGUGAAGAAUAACUGUGACCCGAAUCCGUGUCAGAAUUCUGGGACUUGCAUCAGCAAGUUUGCUGACUUUGACUGUAUGUGUAGUGUGGGCUGGCAAGGCAAGACGUGUUCAACUGAGGUCAACGAGUGUGCUGACCCGGCCAAUAAAUGCCUCAAUGGCGGUACGUGCCAGGACGGCAUUGGAAACUUCUCGUGCGCGUGUCCACCGUUUUUCACUGGGCCGAGGUGUGGGAUAGGUUACGACCCCUGUGGACCAGGUUUCAACCAGUGCAUCAACAACGCCACAUCUUGCUUGACUCAACCGAAUGGGGAUUACAACUGUUCCUGUUCUAGUGGCUGGGGUGGUAAAAACUGUGAGGUGGACGUGAAUGAGUGUGCAUCCAACCCCUGUGGAUCAAACGGCAAAUGUGCGGACAGGUUCAAUGGUUAUACCUGCGACUGUCAGCCAGGUUUUAACGGCACCAACUGCGAGAUCAACAUCGACGAAUGCGCGUCAAAUCCGUGUGGAACAAACGGGACAUGCAUUGAUGGCAAUAACGCGUUCAAGUGUAACUGCUCUGAGGGAUUCCAGGGUCUCCUCUGCCAGGAUGACGUUGAUGAAUGCGCGAGUGACCCAUGUCGAAACAACGCGACGUGCGACAAUCUGAUUGGUGCAUACAACUGUACCUGUGUACCAGGAUACCGAGGAACCAACUGUGAAGAAGACAUCAAUGAAUGUGCAACAGAUCCGUGUCAAAAUGGUGCCACCUGCCAGGACCUUGUGAACAAGUUUGAUUGUGUCUGCGUGCCGGGGUACACCGGCACAUUUUGUCAGUUCGACAUCAAUGAAUGCCAGCCGGACCCCUGCGUUCAUGGGAACUGCAGUAACUUGCUAAACAAGUAUGAAUGCAGUUGUAAGCCGGGUUAUGUCGGCAUGAAUUGUAGCGUUGACGUUAACGAGUGCCGAUCCAACCCGUGUGUCCGAGGACGGUGCAACGAUUUAGUGAACAGUUACUCCUGUAGUUGUCCGGAUGGUUUUAUUGGUGUCAACUGUGAGGUUGAUGUAUCCGUUUGCGGUGCUGGUGUGACCAGUUUGUGUCUAAAUGGGGCAACGUGUAUCGAAGGAUCGGGGAAAAACUUCACUUGUCAAUGUGUCCCUGGCUUCAAUGGAACGCGCUGCGAAAACAACAUUGACGAUUGCGUGAACCAUGCAUGUGAAAAUGGUGCCACAUGCGUGGACGAGGUUGGAGAUUAUACGUGUAGGUGCGUCCCAGGUUGGGUUGGCCCAAGAUGUGAGACCGACUUUGAUGAUUGUAAACCGAAUCCUUGUCAAAAUGGUGGAGUUUGUCAAGAGAAGACCCCAGGAAGCGGCUUUGGCAGCGCAGGAAAUAAUGGCAAAGAGUUCGAUAGAUGCUUCUGCCGUAUCGGAUGGACCGGUCCAAUCUGUGAGACCCGCAUCAACUACUGCCUACCAGAACCAAAAUGCCUGAACAAUGGAACCUGCGUCAAUGGCUUUGGCGACUUCUCGUGCAAGUGCCCCAGCGAAUAUGAUGGAAAACUCUGUGAUGUCAAAUUAAAUUUUACAACACCGAUUCCAACGACAGACUUCAUUACACCAACGCCUUCUGGUAGUAUGUCUAUUCCAUUACAUUCGUCGUCCUCACCUCAAGUCACAGACGUCACUUCCACAGUUCCGAAAGAAACCGUCACCCCGUCCACCAAGUCAAGUCCGAGUUUUAUUCAAUCCACGAUUUUAGUAUCCACUUCCACCAUUUCACCGAAACCAGAUCCGUCCAGCUCUGUUCAAGCCUCUGCAAGUUUUACCCAGACCUCACCCACCAUUCUACAAACCUCGACCCCAGUGAUACCGUCCGGUGAAGUGAGCUCAACAUUCCUGUCUACGCCCAGAUUGACCGAUUCAUCCGUUUCUGCAACUGGUAGCAGCCCAACUUCAACUGGAAACAGCCCAGUUGCAUCGACAAUAAAGUCUUCAAGUAUUGAGCAGACUUUAACUUCAUCUGCAACAAGUUCUUCGAAAGAUGGAGCUACAUCUGUUCUACCAAGUUCCAUCCUACCCUCACAGACUCCCAAACCGUCUGGGAGUCUGACGCAAACAAGUUCGAGUGAGUUUGGAUCCAGCGUAGUAUCACCAUCAGAAAGUCUGCAGUCGUCUAGGACAACCGGCACAUUCGUAAGCUCUGGUGUAGUGCCGUCUACCAAGACAAGUACGGGUAGUUCAUCAGAAGGCUCGGUGUCGACCUCCACCUUGACCACAUCAGGUGGGAGUGUGACCACAUCACUUGCGACGUCAACAAGUAUCGACCUGACUGUAACUGGUACCAACAGUUUGGCUCAGACAUCAACAUUAUCAGGCACCAGUAGUCUUACAUCGCCUGUGGGCACUGCCUCGGCUUCAGUUGCGGAUAGCUUCAGCUCGCUUGUUCCAGCUACACAGACUUUUGGUUCCAGCGAAGUUCCUACAAGUCCUUUCGGGACCUCAUCAUCCUUUACAUCUCCAGUGGUAGGAUCCAGUUCUACAGCAAUAUUUAGUUCCAGUGAGCAGCUGACCAGUCCACUGUUCACCUCUGUGUAUCCGUCUUCCCCUAGCAUGACUAUGGCAGAUUCAAGCUCAGCUACAACUACAUCAAGUCCAGUAUUCACAAGUGAGACUACGUUUUCUUCAGUAAAGAUGUCAAGUGGGUCAACUGCAGCACAUUCCAGCACAAUAUUGCAGACGCAACUCACCACAUCAACAGAAGCAGGGAUGAGCUCAACUCUAUCGAAUCCGCCUUUCACAGUUACAGUUUCUUCAGUGCCUGCAUCAGCAACAUCGACAACAACAGAUGCCAGCUCCGCCUCGGAGACCCAAGUCAUCACCACACCUACUGACGUUACUGGCUCCCCAACAGUUCAUGCCAGCUCAACGCAGACGCAGGCCCUGACCACACUGACAGAGUUACCAACUGUGUCUGUAUCUUCAAUCACAAAGUCCACUGCAGCAGAUGCGAGCUCCGUGGAACAGACCCCAGCCUUCACUACACUGACACAGUUUUCUUCAGUACCUAUGUCACAAGUCACCAAAUCACUUGGAUCAACUCUACCAGUAGGGAGCUCAACGCAACAGACACCCGCUCUCACCACACUGACAGACCUUUUCCCAUCAACAGUUACCACCUCACCCAUACCCACCGGAACAUUUUCUCAAACCGGGUCAACUCUAUCACUCUCGUCGGAACCAACCUUGAUGACGUCACCUACCAUCACUUCCCCAUCAGUAAUGGAAUCCACACCUGUUUUAUCAAGUUCAGACAAGUUCUCAACGAAUAUUGUCACUCCGAAAUCUGUGCCUUUCACAACUUCAACUGUGGCCUUAACAUCUCCUACUGCUCUUCAGUCUAGUGAAGGACCAACUGAUAGUCUGUCAUCUAGGACUACCAGCUCUGACCCUUCCUCCGGAACUCAAACUGUUUUGGACUCGAGCACAGCGGCAAGUGUCUCUGAUGUUUUUUCAACUAAAAAUUGGAUGACACCAUCUCUCACACAGACUGCUAUUGCAACUUCUGUAUCUCAAUCUUCUGGAACUACUUCACCAACCGAAACUCAUAUCGCGUCAUUGUUGACGUUAAGUCUAACAGAUGUGCUCACGAGUAGAUCUGAAAUGACUUCAACCCCAUCUGGAACAUCUGGCCAAGAGUCAACACCAUCUGAAACAGUUCCAACGCCCACCAUGCAAUCAUCACCAAGUCUAGUCCCAUCUGAUAGUGGACCUACUCAAACGAUGACCACGUCAACCCUGGACAACUCGGGAACAGUCGAUACGUCAGCAACUUACGUGCAGUCUUCCAUUGUCAUUACAAGUCCAAGUUCAUAUUCAACUGACCACGGAAGCCCUGGAUUAACAAGUGCACUGCAAACAACGCCAGCUCAAACAAGCAUUCGGCUGUCAACAAGCCCGACAGACUCUACCAUCAUUCAAACACCAGGACCAACCUCUGCGAUGCCUACAACUCCAGUGUUUUCGUUAUCUCAAACGACUCGAGUGCCUUCUCUCUUCCCUACAAGUUCACUGCAGUCGUCAGCCAUUUCGAGUCCUGCUGUUUCAUCAAGUCCUGAUUCGACUGCUGCUAUUACAGCAUCUAGUGUUCCAACCUCGACAUCCUCGGACACCUUUACCAGCCGGACGCCCAUACCCACAUCAGUUUCAGUCUCGCCAACAUCUAGCAGUAGCGUCAUCCCGACGUCAUCCGUCAUCCCAACUACACCGGCGCCACCUAUGACAUGCCAGAGCGUUACUUGUCUCAACGGUGGAACGUGCCGUGAUGUUGUCGGAACUGGCUUCAAGUGCGACUGCACGCUUCAUUUUGCCGGCCCAAGAUGUGAGGAAGAAAUAUCGGUAUCCUUCCCAGCAUUCAAUGGAAACUCGUAUCUCGAACACGAAUCCGUCAAAUUCAGUCUCGGCGACAGUGAAAUCUUCCUGACAGUAAAAACAUCAGCAACAGAGGGAACACUCAUGUACUCUCGAUCUGGUUCCGAUUAUCUUCGACUCGACCUAAAAGGGGGCGCUGUGAUCUUGUCCGCGAUUUUCAACGGAAACUCUGCGACCGUCCAAUCAGAUGAGGUCAUAAACAACAACAAUCUUACAGAUAUAACAAUAAAAUUCAAACUGGAAACGAACUUGGUUGAAAUCGGUCUCCUAAUUGGUACGAAACCUGUCGGAGGCAGAUUCAACUUCGUGACGCCAGUUUCGUCAUUUUCACCCGGAGCGUUAUAUCUGGGAGGAGUCCCAGCAACGAUUUCUCCACAGCCUGUUUCAGGGUCUGUGAUAGGCUACGUGGGUUGUGUACGUAAUCUCCAAGUGAAUGGCAGUGAGCUGGAGGUGUUCGCUGAUGCCAUAUCGGGACAGAAUAUCGCAGAUUGUCAGGUGCCGGCCUGCAGUUACGCUCCCUGUCGGAAUAACGGGACAUGUGUGGUCGAUGGUGAAAGCUGGUACUGCCACUGCAAGGCCGGCUUCACUGGCGUUCUCUGUGAGAGGCGUCAUUGCGAACGUAACCCAUGCCAGCAUGGUGGUUCUUGCCUUGAGGCAAACGGGACGUACAUAUGUUUGUGUCCAUAUGGGAGAAGAGGGAUUAACUGUAGUGAUGCUCUGACCAUUACGCGUCCCAAGAUGUCGGGAACUGUGUAUGGUUACUCCUCCUAUCUGAGCUAUGACAAACCAAAUGAUAUUGCGAUGUUCGUAUGGAUGAAGUUCAACUUUUCAUUACCGAAUAACAACUCGUUGAAAGAUUCGCUCAUGUUGUUUGUGGGAGACAAGGAUUCAGACUAUCUAUCUGUUGGAAUCGAAACGGGUAGGGUAGUCUUUCGUUAUGAACUCGGGUCAGGAUAUGCCGUGAUUCAGUCGGAGAAAAUCGUCGACGUCUCGCGUCCUAUCCAUAUCGUAUCUUUUGGACGUAACAAACAAAAUGGUUGGAUCAAAUUGGACGCACAGACAAACGUCACGGGGCGGUCACCGGGCAGCUUGACGGGACUGAAUAUCAAGAGCGCCCUCUAUAUCGGUGGACAUGAAUUGCUUCGGAAAGAUGUGAUGCCAACUGAGGUGAAAUAUACGCAAGGAUUCACAGGCUGCAUCUAUGAUGUGAGAAUCUGGACCGGCAGGACCGGUGGCUACAUUGUCCCGGGAAAUCCCGCAGGGAAGGUGGAGACAGGCAGGAACAUACAACAAUGUACACAGUCUGAGUGUAGUCCCAACCAGUGUAUGAACGGAGGCACAUGUGUUGACCUGGGAUCGUCUUUUAGGUGCGACUGUCCAAGUGGUUGGUACGGUGCCUUGUGCGGGGAUAAGGUCACGCCAUGUACGGAGAACAAGUGUGCUAACGGCUCGACCUGUGUCCCGCUUGGGGUCGGCUUCAAAUGUGAAUGUCCCCUUGGAGCUAAAGGAACAUUGUGCAAUGAAGCUGUCACCAUCACCGACCCAAACUUCAUGGGAGAGUCGUCCUACAUGGCCUUCAACCCACCACGCAAUAUGAGGAACAUGACCUACAUCCGGUUGCAGAUCAAACCGCGGCUUCUGACCGGUCUUGUCCUGUACAUGGCGCAGCACCAGAACCGUCGGUCCGGUGACUUCUUGUCUGUGUCCCUGAAUAGAGGCCGCAUCGAGUUUCGUUUCAAUCUCGGAGGAAGAACGGCCAUUUUGAAGAGUGCAGACGUUGUCGAUAAUAAAACUGAUACCUGGUACACCAUUGAGGCUGGGCGCAAUUUGGAUCAGGGGUACAUCCGAUUAAACGGCGGGUUGAAUGUCACAGGGUCGUCCGAUAACAGCUACAUCUCCCUGGACACCACAACAAACAUAUACUUAGGUGGGGUCAAAAAUCUUGACGAGGUCUCGCCAUCUGCAAUCGAAGACGACCCAUCAACUUAUGAAGGUUGCAUCCGCGAAUUGGUCAUCGACAACAACGACUAUGAUUUGACUCCACAGGGGGCGCUAUCAGGGAAGAACGUGAUUGAUUGUGACGGGACAUUCUGCGGGUAUCAAACCUGUAAAAAUGGCGGAAAGUGCUCUGUGGGGUCGAAUGAUUUUGUCUGUAACUGCACUGAGUUCUAUUUCGGCAAAACUUGUCAGACACCCAUCUACUGUCAAAACCACCAGUGUAAAAAUGGCGGGGUUUGUCAUGCGAAUAUGGCCGGGGCCUCCUAUCACUGCGACUGUCGACUGGGAACAAAGGGGCAGUUUUGCCAAGAGACUGUAAACGUAACCAACCCAAGUUUCACCGGCCAUGGAACCUUAUUCUACCAAGAUCCCAACUUUGCCACCUUCGACCAGACCAUCACCAAUAUUGCAUUCAACAUGUCAACAACAUCACAAAAUGGCAUGAUCAUGUGGAAUGGAGAGGUCUUCUCUGAGAUUGAUGACUACCUUGGCGUCGGCCUCGUCGACGGUAAACUACACCUUGUUUGGAAUCUUGGCUGGUGGUCACGGAACGAAGUCAUCACCAGCGCUGUGAAUGACGGAAACUGGCAUGCGGUCAUCAUAAACCGAGUGUCGCAAAGUCUGACGCUGUAUGUUGAUGGGCAAGCAUAUCUCAGUAAAGUUACGGGGCAGUUCUCAGGCCUAAACACCUAUGGAAUGUACACAUUUGGUGGUGUUGAAUUCGGAUCGAAAGUUUACGAUUUGACCAACUCUCAUUACACUGCCGCAUUCAAUGGAUGCCUUAAAGAUAUACAACUUCAUCGAGACUCGCCGGUGAUAAACAUAAUGGCGAUGACAACGGGCUAUAACGUCGACGAGUGCUCGAAAACGUGACCGUUACCAUAGCAACAAAGAAACAUUACUUGAUCUCAGUGUUUGAGUCUUGCGUAUGAGGCAAGAAAUCAUGACAGGUGACCAUGUGACUUCCACCAAGGUGAUGGGGGUUGGGGAUGUUUGAAGUAUUUUGAAGAUUAUCAAGUUCGAUUAUGAAGUACAUUGUCUAAAUGUAUUACGAUUUUAAUCCAGCCUCUGUUCUUUUGUAUAAGCUUAAGACAUUCCAUGAAUUUACUUGCAAAUUGUCUUGUCAUUAUGAUGCGUGUGAGUUGGAUGACAUUUUGUUGUCCUUACCUGAAAAUUGUAAUUUUUUUGUAACAUCCUGUGUAAAUUACAAUCAACCAGAAUGUGUUAUGAAUCCAAUCACCAAUAGUUUACCCUGUGCAGUGCAGCUGACAUUUUCGUCAGUUGGCAUAACUGUGCUACACGGUGAACAGUGACACUGAAAUUUCGGCACAAAUCAGCACAUUGGUAGAUCAGAGGGACCUUAGGCUGACGUUACAUAGGCCUCAUUCGUUCACUUCCCACAUGUAACGUUCCCCUUAAUGCGUUCGUUCCUCACUGAAUGCAUGCCACAAAGCCGUGCAUUCACCGAGGAACGUUAAGUAAAGCUGGAACGUGACAUGUGGGAGGUGAACGAAUGAGGCCUAUGUAACGUCAGCCUUAGAGUCCCGUAUAUUUUUUUGUUGCGUGAUACAAAAAGAAUUCCAGUGCAAAGCGGUCAAGUACAUAUUAAAUCUAUUGCUGCCGAUUUACUACUUGACCUCUGUUGGUAUGUAUAUUUAUAGUGUUUACAAAUGUAGAUUCAUAUCUAUAUUUUUAUACAGCAUAGCUUUCUAAAGUAUUUUAACCAGGGGUUUAGGGUAUAGUGUGUUCAUGUCCAUUACUGUACAUAAUCGAGAUUCACAAUCUGAAUUUGGUGAUUCAGUCAUUGAGCAUGGUAGGCCAAUAUUGAUUAACUGCAAAACUGAAAAUGAGGGUAUUGUUUUAGUUUCACAUUUAAUAGAUUGAAGUAACAUAGCAUGCCAAAUUGUUUUCCUUUAAUGUACCCCCAAGGGUUAAUCUUUAGUCUGUUGACUUUGCACUGUUGUGGCAAAACAUGACAUGAAGCUUGUAAUUGAGAAAUUGCUUCCAAAUUGUACUGCAUUGACGUAUGAUUUUAAUUUCUUAAUAAAACAUAGUGAUUCAA